AUUCGAUUUAAAAAAACAAAACCACUUGAAAAUGUUAGAAACAUAUUCACCUAGAAAAAAUAUAAAUCUGUUAUAUCAUCUAUAAAAACAUAUAUAAAAUCUCUCAAAAUAAAAUAAGGUCUACUUGAAAUACAUUUUCGUAUCUCCUAUGAUUUAACAAUAUUUCAAACGGUACUUACCUGGAGACAUCAUAUACCAGGUAUAUUAUAUUUUAUUUGUGUCAAACUAUAUUAAAAAUUAAAUUAUAUUUAUAAUAAAUUAAUUAGUACAUAUUCUUAAAAUAGCUAUCUAUUUUAUAUGGGUUGGUAUUGAUUACUUUUUUACAUGAUAUAAUGUAAUAAAUAAUAAAUAGAGAUGCAAAUUAUUAUUUCGUUAAUUGUAAUUAGGCAAAUAUAAUCAUAAAGUAUUGUAAUUAUAGUACAAAAAUAAAAUUUAUUUAUAUUAAUGACAAAAUAUAGAAUGAGGUAUACAUUAUAUUAUAGUAUGUACAUAUAUCAUGUGUAUACGUUUAUUCACAAUAUAAUUUUUUAAUUAAAAUAAUUUUAUUUCUAUGUUUUUAUUCUAUAUAAAAAUAUUCAAAAUGUGACUACAAUUUAAAUAAUAACAUUACAGAAUUAUAAAAUAUUUUUCUGAAUAUAGAAAAAGGAAUAUAGAAAAAGUAAAACUGUCUAUCUUUGUAGAAGGUAGACAGUUUUACUUUUGAGAAUUUACAAUUUACUUGUAUUUUUCUACCAUUUAUCUUAUAGUUUAGCAAAGUUUGCUUGAUUUAUACAGCAGACAUAUAAUGUCGCAGUUAUAGACUUCUCCGAUCACAAAAAGUGAGAUUGAAAGAAACGCGACUCAUACCUCAUAAAUAUGUGAUUGCGCAGUACUGUAAAAAAUGUAUUAUUGUUUUUUGUUGUCGUGCUACGUUUUAUUUUGAAACUCUUUUUCAAGGGAAUACGUAACUAACAUUUCAAAGAAAUAAAUUCUGCAAUUAGAUCGUGAAUAUACGACGGAAUUGUUUCGAAAAAUAUACCUUUGAUUUGUGUAAUACGACAUGUCUGUCUUCGACAAUCGCUACUAUUCUCUCAACAAAAGAUUGCUGUCUCUAAUAGGUCAAUGGCCAUUCCAGUCGCGAUGGGAGGGUAACAUGAGGCUCGCUUUUGCGUCACUGUUCGUUUUCAGUUUGAUAUCUUUUGAGUUUUGGGGCUUACUAGCUGGGCUAUCGGAUUUGAGUAUCAUCAUGGAGAAUGGUUCGCCGUUACUAAUAAAUUGCUAUAUCAUUACGAGGCUCAUUAACUGUGUGUUUACUAAAAACAAAAUGAAAAUACUUUUGGAGGACAUCGAAGAGACGUGGAAAAUAAAAUGUGCGGGUGCAGAGAAAGAAAUAUUACAGCGUUAUGCGAAGAUAAGUAGAACUUUCACGAGACGAUUAACGUUCGCUAUUUACUUGACGUGGGUCAUCUACGUUUUAACACCGCUUGUCGUUACUUGGAUCUAUAAGCUAUUACCGAUAAAAGCAACAUACACGGCCAGGUUUUUGUAUCGUAUAGAACACGUUUUAGACGUGGACAAAUAUUACAACCUGUUGAUGCUUCACGGGGCUGUCAGCAUAUUUUACAUACUUUCCGCGUCGGUAGCCAUCAGUACUGCGUUCAUAGCUUGCACUUUGCAUAUCUGUGCAUUGUUCGAAUGCCUACGAUAUAACGUAGAGCGUGUACAGAGCACGGAUCCCGUAUUGCUGGAGCCAAAUAUUAAGGAUGAUGAAACGUAUCAUGACUUAGUUGACUGCAUCAAAUCCUACAAACAUGCCUUAAAACUUUCUGAUGUACUUUCGUCUAAUUAUACAGUAUCGUAUUUUAUAUCAUUGGGAAAUGUAAUGUUAAGCUUAAGCUUUGGGACGGCUGAGUUGGUAAUGGUAGACUUACAAAUGGAUGAAAUUAUAAGGAUUGUCACUUCUAAUUUAGCGCAAUUGCUACACUUAUAUUGUUUGUGUACGAUUGCUCAAAGAUUGACCGAUCGAAGCAGCGAAUUUCAAGAUGUAAUUUACAGUUGCGAUUGGUAUAAUAUGUCAUUAAGAUCAAAACGUCUUGUGAUGAUUACAUUAAUGCGUGCUAAUAAACCGUGCUAUGUAAAAGCUGGUAAGCUGUUUGUAAUGUCGUUGGAGACCUUCAGCUCGAUCUUAAAAUUAUCUUUAUCGUACUUCACGGUGCUUACGUCUCUCCAAAAAGAAUAGUAAAUUGGAAGUUUAUAAUAAAAUUAUAAAUGUGUAUAGCUUCUUGAUAAUAAGUGUUAAUAUCAUUAUUGUGCUUUUAUUUUAUACAAAGUAUCUCUAGAUAAUUCCGUUUCAAAUAAUUGAGAAAUUGCAGGAGAUAUGAAAAAAUGUUUCAAAUAAAAUUCGUUCUGUUUCUUUCGAAGAAAAUAUCUUGAUCAUGGACACAGUUUUUCUAGUUGAAUGUGUUCCUGAGAUUUCAAAGUAAUGUUGUUAUUUUUUUAAAUAGAAUUAUACAAUUUUUUUUACAUAAAAUAUAAACGACGUCGUAUGUCCGCGAAGUGAAUCACAUAUGAAUUAGAAACGUGGUUAUACUUGAAUGGACUUUAACGCUCAAUAAUAAUUUCCUAAAUAAUUCUGUAUACAUUUAUAAGUUUCUCCCCUGGCCUCAUCUCUCGUUUUUUACAUAGUAUGACUUCUU